AUGGCAUCGUCAACGAUCGUUGAAGAAGACAUGGCAUCGAAUUUGCGGAGACUCAUGGAAGUAGAGGGUGUGGUUUAUCGCAGGGCACGCGGCGGACUGGACCGCGCAUCUCCAGCAAAUGACCCCCCGCACCUCUCUACAACGCUCUUUCCCAGCCAGCGACCAUCUUUCGAGCACUGGAGAGGAUUCACUGACCCGGCAGCAAGCAUCGUGAGCAUCACUGUCACCUUGCUUUGCCUCGUCCGCCAUGACUUCGAAAAGCAACGACUGAACGUUUCGAAACCAACAUCCUCCCUCCGAGGCAUCUUCAAGGCCUCAGACAAAUCCCACAAUUCGUUCCUGGCCAGGGCAAAGGCCACAACCGCCAUCAUGCUGGAAGGUCUUGUUGCAAACCUGCUCAACAGGUUUUUGGGCAUGUACGUCAAGAACUUCGAUGCCAAACAGCUCAACGUGGGGAUAUGGAAUGGCGACGUCAAACUACGGAACCUCGAGCUGCGGCGAGAAGCUCUGGAUCAGCUCAAACUGCCCGUCAACGUUGUCGAAGGUCAUCUGGGCCAGCUGACCAUGACGAUACCAUGGACAAAUCUACGAGGCAAACCAGUCCGAGUCAACAUCGAAGAUGUCUUCCUCCUCGCUGCCCCGAAAGAAGACGCAGAGUACAACGAAGAGGAAGAGUUGGAGAGGACCAACGCCGUCAAGCUUGAGAAGUUAGAGAACGCGGAGCUUUUGAAGGCGAAGAACACUGAGGGUCAGAGCCAAGAGGAGCAACAGAAAAGCCAAAGCUUUACAGAGAGCGUCACUACCGCCAUUGUCGACAACCUUCAAGUCAGCAUAAAGAAUAUACACAUUCGAUACGAGGACUCCAUUGCUGCACCAGGCCAUCCGUUUGCCUUGGGUCUGACGCUACAAGAAUUCAGUGCAGUGAGCACAGACGGGAACUGGAGGCCGAGUUAUGUACAGUCUACAUCUGGUACCACGAACAAAUUGGCUGUUCUCAAUGCACUGGCCUUCUACUGGAAUACGGAUGCAACACUGUUUGGCACUGGCAACGGCCAGGAAGUGGGCGCUGAGGCACAAGGUGAUGAUCAUGCGGGCAUAAUCGAGAAAUUCCGAAAACACACGGGCGAGAGUGAAAAGCACCAGUACAUGCUGAAGCCGGUCACUGGUCGCGCUGCGGUCGAGUUGGAUAAGUCAGGCAAGGUCGACAAGCCAAAGAUCAAGGCGCGCCUACUGUUCAACGAGCUAGGCUUCGUACUAGACGACGAUCAAUACAGAGAUGCAUUGAUGAUGGUUGAUCUCUUCCACUCCUUCAUUCGCCAUCAAGAGUAUAAGAAACUUCAGCCCAAAAGCACGCCAAAGGAGGACCCCAAGGCUUGGCUUCACUUCGCAUUCCAAGCCGUCUACACCAAAAUUCAGGAACGAAAUCGAAGGUGUUCCUGGGAUUACAUCAAGGAGCGACGGGAUGAUCGUGUACGCUACAUUGAGUUGUUCAAGAAGAAAAAGAAGGAAGAGAAGACGACCCCUGCCGAAACGGAAGAGCUGGCCAAGCUUGAGAAGAAGCUAAGCUACGAGGACCUCCGUUUCUGGCGUUCCCUGGCUCGUAAUGAGCUUCGUAAAGAGAAUGCCGGUGUCAAGAAACCUGCUCCAAAACAGAGCUGGACUCAAUGGGCUUGGGGCAAGAAACCGGAAGACCAACACAAGGACGACGACUCAACCAUGACUGAGGAGCAGCGCAAAGAACUCUACAGUGCAAUAGAUUGGGACGAGAAGAAGGCAAUUGCCGAUAGUGUAGAUCUUCCCAGAGAGAGCGUUAAAUUGCAAGUUGAGUCUUCCCUCAAGACAGGCAGCUUCACGCUCAAACGAGAUCCUCAUGGCAAAGCGACUGAAAUUCUGAGCCUGAUGUUCGAUAACUUCCAAGCCAAAGCAAUACAACGUCCAGACUCUUUCUUGGCUGAUCUGAGUCUCGGAGGCUUGCGUAUCAACGAUGGAACAACGGAAGGAAGCCUAUUCCCCCAAAUCGUCAAUUUCAAGGAUCCCACAGCCGGAAGCGUCAAGGGUUCAAUCGAAGAUGUCGCUGCUGAGGAUGCACACCCAGACCUGCAAAAGGCCAAGACGAAAGCAGUCGAGGAGGCCUUGUUCCACAUGAUCUUCGAGCAGAAUCCUCUGGAUGAAAGCGCCGAUAAUGCUCUCACGAUGAAUCUUAAGAGCAUAGAAGUCAUCUAUAAUCCUCGGUUCAUUGUGGAAGUGGCGAACUUCUUCAAACCACCGGAGCGGCAUAUGGAAUCUAUUGGGGCUCUGAUGGAAACCGCAGGUGCAACAGUUGAGGGCAUCAGACAGCAGACAAGGGCCGGUCUAGAGUUCGCACUCGAGGAACAUAAGACACUGAACGCAAAUCUCGACAUUCAAGCUCCUUUAAUCAUCAUUCCCGAGAGUAUCACUGAAGAAAGUGCUUUGUGCUUGAUUCUUGAUGCAGGACAUGUCAGCCUCAACAGCCAGCUUGUGGACAAGGAGACCAUGCGAGACAUCCAGUCAAAACAGAAGAAGCAGUACAGCGACGAAGACUUUCGGCGACUGGAGGGUCUGAUGUACGACAAAUUCUUGCUGAAGCUUGAUUCAACGCAGCUUCUCAUUGGUCCGGGUAUCCAAGCUACCAAGGACCAAUUGAAUGCUAAAAAUGAUCCCAAGAAUAUGCAUAUCAUCGAUCGUAUCAACAUGGACUUCACACUCGAGACGUCGAUUAUUCCGAAAGCUACAGAUCUGACGAAAACGAGGAUCUCAGGCCACCUGCCAAUCCUACAUGCCUCGAUAUCCGACAAAAAAUACAAGAAUCUGAUGAAGCUGAUCGAUAUUGCAAUUCCUAAAUUUGAGACUGACGAAUCACUGGAUGGUCGGACAAAGGCACCUACAAAUAAUAAAGGCUCCUCGAGGGAGGAGUCUAGAGCCGAGGCUGUCAUGGGUAGAGAGCGGUCAAAAUCAGUCUCAACAAACCAACACGAUCUCGAUGUUGAGGAUGAGUCGGACGAAGGGAGCGACAAGAAAUCUGAACAUACCUCAAAACAACCCGAAGGCGAAGAGAUCAAUCUCCACCAGCGGAAUUUCGAGUUCAAGUUCACGGUGGAUAAGUUACAGGGAUCCUUGUAUAGAUCUGAUCCCGAAGACCGCAAGCCAGAUGAGCUGCUUGUGGAGCUUGUCGCGGAAAAUUUCCAACUCCAGUUCUACCUUAGGCCUUACGACAUGGUCGCAGAAGUACUCUUGAAGUCGCUAAACGUGGAGGACUAUAUUGAUCAAGAUCCCAGCCCUGAAUUUAAGAAGAUCAUCUCAAGCCAAGUGUUUGGUGCCGAAGAGGAGAAAGAUCUUUUCAAUGUCAAAUUUGUCAAGGUCAACAAUGACUCCCCGGAAUUUGACUCCACGUAUGAGAGCAUCGCCACAAACUUGGAUGUAUCGAUCUCAACGUUGAACUUGGUGGUAACGCGUAAAACGCUGUUGACAUUGUUGGACUUUGUCCUCACCACGUUUGCUGCUCCCGAUGAGUCAGCGCAGUCGCAAAAGGUCAUCGAAGACACUGAAAAUUCGACCAAGAAGGUUCAGGGUCCUACCACAGCGCAGUCUCCUGGCUCAGACAAGAUUCGCAUCAAGAUUGAUCUAGAAAGCGUCGCCCUCAUUCUGAACAACGAUGGGAUACGCCUAGCAACACUCACUUUGCACACAGCCGACGUUGGCCUUUUCUUGAGUGGCGGCUCGAUGCGUGUUGGAGCCCGACUAGGAAAUCUGUCAUUGGUGGACGACAUAAAUCAGGGGGCUUCAGAGGAUUCCCCUCUGCGUCAAUUGGUGGCAAUCGAAGGCAAUGAGCUCGCCGACUUCAAGUAUCAGACUUUUGAUACAAAGGACAAAGACUACCCGGGCUACGAUACCAAAAUCUAUCUCAGAUCUGGUUCAAUCAAAGUCAACUUCCUUGAAGAACCUUUCCGCAAGAUCAUCAACUUCCUUGUCAAAUUUGGCAAAAUGCAAGCGAUUUUCAAUGCCGCAAGAGAGGCCGCGGCCAAUCAGGCAAGCCAAAUGCAGGAGAGCACAAGCAAGAUGCAUUUCGACGUUCUGAUAAAGACUCCAAUUCUCGUUUUCCCUCGGGUUAUGCAGGCAGACAAGCCUCGCGACCUGCUGACGGCCUACCUUGGCGAAAUCUAUGCCAGCAACGAAUUCGUGACACUUGACAAAACGAUCGAAGGAAACACGAUAUCUGCCGGUAUCAGGAAUGUGCGCUUGACUUCCAAAUUCCAUUAUAACAACGAGCAAUCUGAGGAGCUGGAAAUGAUCGAUAAAGUAGACCUUGACUUUAAGGUAACCUCCGCCGAGCACCAAAAAGGCUCAAAGCGCCCAGAUAUGGAAAUAGAAGGCAAGAUGUCUCGUAUCAAUUUGCGCGUCGCACAAACGGAGCUGAAAUUUCUCAUGGAGCUCUCAAAGACUGUACCGGCUGCAUUUGCUGCGGACCCUGACCAAAAUGAAGAGGAAGUUAUGGAAGAGCUUCCCAAAUCAACUGUGGAGCCUGCAAAGAAGAUGACUGAAAACACCGUCGGUCAAGAAAAGAAGCCUUCAUCGCCUACCCACCAAGGGCCCGAGCUCGAUGCGAGCCCCGACAAUUGGACGAAGCUCGAUUUUGUGUUCGACGCGCCUACAAUCGCUCUGGAGCUCAUUCUGGCCAAGGAAGGCGAGCCUGUUGGAGACAUCGAAGCUGCAAGUCUGACUAAAUUUGCCCUGAAUGACACCAAGGUCAAGUUACGCAUGAAGACGGAUGACUCGCUAGAGUCUGAGCUUCUGAUCAACUCCUUUACCAUCACAGACAGCAGAAAGCACGAAACCAACAAGUUCCGUAAGAUCAUGUCUUUGAUCAAUGAUGACGUAAAGCAGCAGUUCAUGGCCAGUGUAACGAUAUCUGGCGGCAACGACAAACACAUGAUUGCUAUGCUCACGGUUGACAGUCCGCGGGUCAUCAUGGCCAUAGACUAUCUUCUGGCAGUGCAAGCUUUCGCCAACAGUGCAUUUCCAAAUGAGGAAAAGCUGGAGGUCGAGGACGCUUCACAAGAAGCUCUGAUGGUCAACGAUACCGAUAGCGGUGUCAGUACGCCAGUCGAUGGUGAAGGGAGAGGUUUGGAGGAAAAACCUGAAGCUGAGCCCGCGGCACAGAGCUCCAUGGGUAUGUCUUUCCGCGUCAACAUUGUGGACGCGCAGGUCAUCUUGAUCGCAAACCCUACAAUCUCCAAUUCUGAGGCGAUUGUGCUUGGAACGAAGCAAGUCCUCGUCUCCCAACAGAAUGCUUCUACGCUCCAGAUCACUAAAGUUGGCAUGUUCCUGUGCCGUAUGGACAAGUUUGAAACUACCCGUCUACGGAUCCUCGAUGACUUCUCGAUCACCAUGUCAAUGGACAGUCGCUCCCAAGGUAAAAACUCCUCGUUGACGAGCAUCUCGGUAGAGCUUGAGCCUCUAGUGUUGAGACUUUCUCUUCGCGACAUCUUGCUUGCGCUACAAAUUGUUAAUAAGGCAUCCGAAAUGGCCAACAAUAUAAGUGGCGCUGAUAAAAAAGAGGAGGACACGGAACCAGCCAAGAUCAAGGAGAUCACUCGGACGGCAGCAGCAUCAACGAAGCGCAAGUCAAUUGCUGGAAAGCCAACUUCCACGGUGGCGAAGAAGACCUCCAAGUCUAUCGCAAAUAAGAAAUCCGCAGAGAAAACCGCAAAACCACCGCAAAGCUCGAUAGUGAUGAAGCGUGAAGAGAUGACCGCUACAGUUGAUGGAAUCCGAGUCAUCCUUAUUGGAGAUCUACAUGAAUUGCCCCUCCUCGACUGGAGCGUCAAGAAAUUCAACGUGGAUGUGCGCGAUUGGUCCAGCGCGAUGACAGGGGAUACUAGCUUUGACACAUACAUAAAUGUCUACAACUUCUCCAAGUCCGCCUGGGAACCGCUGAUCGAGCCGUGGAAUCUAGGCUUUCAUAUGUCAAAGGAAACAAAUCCGGAAUGUCUUUCGGUUGAGAUCUACUCGCAUAAGAUGAUGGAGCUCACAGUAACCUCCGCAACCAUUGCACUUGCCUCCAAGUCUGCCCAAUUUUUGUCCACAGACGAGGAUGUCCUCUCGAAGCCACGGGCAUCAGACGCGCCGUACAAGAUUCGCAAUUACACAGGAUUCGACCUCAGUGUCUGGGCAGCUACUCAUGAAGAAGACCAGGGAUCCGCUGCCAAGCUCAGCGAUGGCGAGGAGUCAGGAUGGCGGUUCGAAGAUCCAACGUCAAUGCGUGAGAAUCUAUCACCGGAAGGCAACACCGGCAUCGUGGGAAUAAAGCUUGAAGGAAGCGGCUUCGAUAGCGUUGAGCGCAUCGCCGUGAACCGCGAGGGCGAGACGCUGUACAAUCUCAAGCCACGGAAAGACAAGGUUCUGCAUCGACUGCUGGUCGAGGUCAAGCUUGGCAGCGACAAUGUCAAGUACAUCACUUUUCGGUCCCCCUUGGUCGUUGAGAAUAACACUCAAAUACCGGUGGAGAUCGGCGUCUUCAGCCCUGAAGAAGGGCAUCUACUCAAAAUUGAGAAGAUUGCUCCUGGCGAUGCUCGACCGGCUCCUAUUGGUGCUGCCUUCAUGCAUUCUUUGGUCGUCCGGCCUGAUCAGGGUUUUGGCUAUUCUUGGUCAAACGAACGGCUGUUUUGGAAGGACCUGCUCAAGCGGCCUACAAGAACCAUCACAUGUAAAGGUGAGAGCAGUGAGCAAUCACCACCAUUCUAUUUCCAGAUGAAUGCAUCCUACGACAAGAAAGACCCUAUGACCAGCGUGUACCCUUACAUGAGAAUCAAGCUUCAUGCGCCGAUCGAGCUUCAGAACCUGCUACCAUACGACUUCAAAUACCGGAUCUAUGAUAAGAACACGAAGAAAGACUGGACCAACUUCCUUAGGAAAGGGGGAGUCAGUCCAGUGCAUGUGGUCGAACUAUCUCAUCUGCUCUUACUCAGUGUUGACAUGCAGGACACUGUCUUCAAACAAAGCGAAUUUGCUGUGAUCAAUUCCAACCAGCAAGAAGACUUCCGCCGUGAGAAGUCCUUAGCUGUAAAAGACCCGCAAGGCAUACAGCUCAAUCUCAAGCUUCACUACUUCAACAUGCCUGAUAGCGGUGGUGCUUUCAAGGUCUCGGUAUACAGUCCAUACUUGGUUCUCAAUAAGACAGGUCUCGACAUCAAUAUCCAAAGCAAGACAAUGUUUUCAUCAGCCAAGUCAGCGGCUGGUCAAGGCAUGCGCAUGGACUCAGAUCGAGGAAGUAAAAAAGCUCUUCCUUACAUGUUUUCAUAUCCGAGCGAAGACCGCAAGAACCGUGCGAAUAUUAAAGUCGGCGAGUCGACUUGGAGCAAGCCGCAAAGUUUCGACGCUAUUGGUAGUGCUUUUGAUGCUGUUCUGCCAUCUUCAAAUGCCAAGUCUGAGCUGCAUGUUGGUAUCUCUGUAACGGAAGGCGAGGGCAAGUAUAACCUGACCAAAAUUGUUUCUGUCGCUCCCCGUUUUGUUUUGAACAACAAAUUGAAAGAGGAGGUCCACAUCCGCGAACCUGGUUCCGGGUCUUCCAACGUCAUGAAAAUGAAGCACGGCGAGCGACUGCCGCUCCAUUUUCUGCGGCAGGCGCCCGAAAAGCAGCUAUGCUUAUGCUUUCCUGGUGUGAACAAUCAAUGGUCUUCGCCUUUCAACAUAGCAAACCUGGGAACCGUUCAUGUGAAGCUUGCCAAAGCCGGGCAACGCCAACAGCUCAUCCGCGUGGAAGUGAUCAUGGAAGCAGCUACGAUCUUCCUCCACAUAAGCAUCGAAACCAAACACUGGCCUUUCUCUAUGCGCAACGAAAGCGACCUGGAGUUCAUGUUUUACCAAGCUAAUCCUCACAUUGAGGAAGACGAGGAAGACCAAGGCUCGGGGUGGAAGCCAAUACGCUAUCGUCUUCCGCCGAAGAGCAUCAUGCCAUACGCCUGGGACUAUCCUGCAGCUAAGAACUCAGAGCUAGUCAUCACUUCCAACGGCAAAGAAAGGCGUGUCAAGCUUGCUGAAAUUGGCAACCUCGUUCCUCUGAAGGUCCCUGGAGCGCAAGGCAAGCCUCCAAGGAUAAUCGACCUCAAUAUUGCGGCAGAUGGUCCAACGCAGACACUGGUACUCUCCAACUAUAAGCCAUCGAAGAGCUUGUACAAGCAGAAGUCUGCAAAGGCCCACGAGUCACAGAGCAGCGUGAACACAGGGUUUGAGGUCAAAGAAAUGGAGUCCGAGGUUACGUUCAAGGCUCAGCUCCGUCUUGCUGGUAUCGGCAUCUCGCUGGUCAAUACCAAAUUGAAAGAGCUGCUUUACAUGACGUUCCGCGAGAUCGAAGUCAAGUAUGGCGACUCGAAGCUGUACCAGACGUUGAAUUGGACUACCAAAUGGAUUCAGAUCGAUAACCAGCUCUAUGGUGGCAUUUUCCCUAUGUUGCUAUACCCCAGCGUGGUGCCAAAGACCGGCAAAGAGAUGGAAGCACAUCCGAUCUUCCACGCUAUGGUCACUCGCGUCAAGGACGACUCGUAUGGUGUCCUUUACAUAAAGUACUUCACCCUUCUUCUGCAACAAAUGACCAUCGAGCUGGACGAGGAUUUCAUUUUUACAAUGCUGGACUUCGCCAAAGUCCCAGGUGCUUCCUGGUCCGAAGAGGCUGAAGGUAAGCUCUGUGACGAAGACUUAGACAUACCUGAGCCGCAGCAAGAAGAGCAAGGCCAAGACAUCUACUUCGAGUUUCUGCAUCUGCAGCCCAUGCAGCUGGACUUGUCCUUUGUUCGGACAGAGCGCAUCAAUGCUGAAGAUACGCAGGCGUCAUCGAACCCUUUAAUGUUCUUCGUCAACAUCAUGACAAUGUCCGUCGGCAAUGUCAACGAUGCGCCUUUGAGAUUCAAUGCUCUCAUGUUGGAGAAUGCGCGUAUCUCUGUCCCAAACCUGAUGACCAACGUGCAGAGUCAUUACACUCAAGAGUGUAUCCGCCAGAUGCAUAUUAUCCUCGGAUCGGCGGACUUCUUGGGCAAUCCCGUUGGACUCUUCAACAAUGUCAGCUCUGGAGUGGCCGACAUCUUCUACGAACCAUAUCAAGGCUUGGUCAUGACUGACAGGCCGCAAGAGCUGGGUAUUGGCAUAGCAAAGGGCGCAUCUAGUUUUGUCAAGAAGUCUGUCUUCGGAUUCUCUGAUAGUAUGGCCAAAUUCACCGGCAGCAUGUCAAAGGGCUUGGCUGCUGCCACACUAGACAAGGAGUACCAGGACCAGCGUCGAAUGUCGAAAUCGAGAAACCGACCGAAGCAUGCACUUUACGGUGUCACAUCUGGAGGAAACGCUUUCGCAAGCAGCAUGGCUAGUGGUAUCGGUGGUCUUGCACGGCACCCAUUGCAAGGCGCUGAGAAAGAAGGCCUACAGGGAUUUGUAAAAGGUGUUGGGAAGGGUUUUCUGGGUCUGGCUACUAAGCCCGCCAUCGGGGCUUUCGACCUUGCCUCAAAUAUGGCCGAAGGUGUCCGCAACACCACCACUGUUUUCGACCAAGAAGGCCUCGACCGCGUUCGCCUUACCCGCUUUAUCGGUAUGGAUGGCAUCGUGCGUCCAUACGCUCAGCGCGAAGCACUAGGCCAAUUCUGGCUGAAGACGCUGGACGACGGCAAAUACUUCCACGAAGACUACAUUGCGCAUCUCGAACUCCCAGGCAAAGACAUGCUCGUCAUGCUUACGUACAACCGCAUCAUGCUGGUCACGACGAAGAAGCUAAAGAGCGAGUGGGAUAUCAAGCUGAAUGAUAUCCAGACGAUCAGUAAGGAGAGGACGGGCAUGUCAGUCACCUUGAAGGGAGGAACCAACGGACCUUUUAUUCCCGUGUCAGAAGAGAGCAGUAGGAAUUGGCUGUACAAGCAGAUUGGGAUUGCAGUAAAUGCGUUCAAUGAUAAGUAUAAUGCAAAGGGAUGA